UACAGUGUUUGCAAUAGUACUGGAUUGUUUUCUAAUUUUUAAUUUUGUUUUAUAUGUUAAAAUGAUAUAGAAUAACUUUGCAAUAAUAAAUUAAUAUAUAUUGCAAACUAAUGAUCCUACAAUUAUGGUGGUAAAUGCACCAGACUCGCCUACACAGGCGGAAGUUAUAUUCGUUAUAGAAGCUACAUCAACAAAUGGGGCAUACAUUAGUGAACUGAAAACAAAUUAUUUAAUUCCUACACUUGAAUACUUCCAUGGAGGUGCAUUAGAGGAGGGUGGUGGUAGUGGUUCUGUGUACAGUAUAGUUACAUACAGAGCUGCUGACAGUCACCCGGGUGUGCCAGUAUCUACUUAUGGACCUUUCACAUCACCACAAAAUGUUGUUGAAACUGUGGACAAAAUACAAUACAUAAGCGGGCAUGCGGAGAGCCGCGCAUGCGUCACAGAAGCUCUAACAGCAGCACUGGCAUGUUUUGAAGAGCUCGGCAGAACUGAUAUACCAAUGCACAUACUACUGAUGUGUACAUCUCCACCAUAUUCUGCAUACGCGGGGGGACUGCCGCCUCCAGGUGCCCCAGCAACUGUUGAACAAGCAGCACGAUUGGUUGGCGAGCGUGGUGCUCAGUUGUCUAUUGUGGCAGCUCGUAGAAUAACCACAUUGCAUUCCCUCUAUGAACAUGCCGGGGGCGAGUUACAUCAAGCACAGCAGCGGAAUUAUGCGAAGGAUCCUAGACAUUUGGUGUUGCUCCGUGGAUACAGCUUAAAGGAACGGCCGCCCAGUCCUGCUCCGCCGCCUGUUCCGGACAUACAGACAGAUAUGUAUGGACAGGGCCGCGGCGCGGGUGUGGGCGUGGGCGUGGGAGUGGGAGUGGGCGUGGGCGUGGGCGUGGGCGUAGGAGUGGGCGUGGGCGCUACAAACACUCGUCCGCCAGCGCCUCUGUUCCCGCGGGCGGCAGCUCGCGGCGGAUGGCCGGUGCCUCGUCAGCCGCUCACGUACGCCAACUCGGCGCUGCUGACGCAGCUCGCGCAGCCCUCGUUCCCGCCACCGCCGCCCCAACAAGUCUCUCGUAUGCCAAAUAUGCUUACACCGGGUCCUUCCACGUCGCCCGCCACAGGCGGCCCGCCAGCUCCUCAACGCAGCAUUAUAUGGAACGGCGUUAUCGAAUGGAUGGAGAAAGGCAAAGCACCAGGGGAUCAGCAGAAGACCACCAGGCUUCUGUCGUGCCAAGUGUCAGCAAGUUCCAAGGACGUGGAGCCGGACCUAAAGGUGGACACGUGGCCGAACAAGCUGCUCAUGCAGCUGAUGCCCAAACAGCUGAUCAGCAACAUCGGUGGCGCGUACCUCAAGGAGAGCAAGUCUGUGUUGUUCCACCUCCAGCCCAGUGAGGCGUUGGAUGCACUCACAAAGGUCAUGGUCAAUGGAUUUGCGGGCUGCGUCCAUUUCUCCCCGAUGCCGUCCCCGCCGCAGUGCGACAUCAAGGUGUUGAUUCUGCUGUACACGCCAGAUAAGAAGGCGUACCUCGGAUUCAUACCAAACAACCAGGCUGCGUUUGUAGACAGGCUCCGGAAAGUGAUCCAACAGCAGAAGAUCACUCAGAUUAUAAAUAAACAGCAGAUGCCGGCGGGCGCAGGCGGUUCAAUGCCCACUUCCACCAUGGCCGGUUCGAUGCCUACACCGGGGAUGUCAAACGCAGGGAUGGGGAGUGGUGGCAACAUGGGACCAGGUCCAAGUAUGGGUCCGGGUACCAGUAUGGGCCCGGGAAGCAAUAUGGGACCCGGGAGCAGUAUGGGAGGUGGCAUGCCCGUCGGCAGCGUGGGUAACGUGGGCGUGGGGCAGAUGUCCGGAGUACCCACCAGCCAGAGCAUGGUGCAGUCACAAAUGCAGCAGCAUCCGCAGAGCAUGAUGAUCGGCGGGAUGGGCGGCCAGGUGCAGCAGGUGGGCGGCAAGGGUCCCCGCCCUGUCACACAGAUGGACGGGUUGGAGGCCGCCCGCCAGCAGAACAUCGAGAAGAUGCAACACCUGCAGCAGACCAUAGAGGCGGCGCACCAGCAGCAACAGUACAAGUCGCAAAUGGACAUGAUGUCGCACUUCCACGCGCAGACCGAGCACUAUAAACAGUUGGAGCUGCAACAACAAUUGCAACAGCAGCUCAGAAGUGCAGGCGCUGGCGGUCCAGUGGCCGGAGGACAUCCGCCGCGGAUCAUGAGACCCUUACUACCUUCCAAUCCGGGCCUUAGGCAUCUCCUGCAGCAGCAACCACAGUACCGGCCGGGCGGCAGCGGGGCGCGUCCUUCUGCACAGUCUCAACAAUUCGAUGACGUCUCGAGUUAUGAUUUCCUGUAGAUUUUUUAUAGAGCCUAGUUAUAAGUAAUAUACAUAUAGUCAUUGGCUUUGUGUGGGCGCUGUAUUAUUUUAUAUUCAUUUAUUUUUUAAUGGAUGAUACGCUGGCGCCAGUGGAAAAUCAAUAUGAGGUCAGGUCAGUUAACCCGUCAUUGCAAAUUCAAUAGAAGUUUAUGAUAAUGAUUUCCAGAGCGAACUGUGUGGAAGUCAACCUAACGUGGAACAUUGCUAAAAAUUUGCUUCGCUACGAUUUAUAAUUACAAAACAUUUUAUUGAUACGUUUUUGUUUUUAAAUUAGAAAAGGACUAGAUUAUUAUUGUUUUUUAUAUAUGAGUUUUUGCCUCUUUUCAACCGUAUGUACGUAUAUGUUAUUUCGAUCCGUAUACUCUUUUACUGCAUAUACUUGUCCGCGUAGGUGACUCAAGAAUUUACAUAUUUUUGUCGAUAGAGGAACCCCUUAAUAUAAUUUCAUCUCAAAUUUAUUAACUUAUGAAACACAAUUUUUUCAUAUAUAGUUCGUAACAGUAUUACAUUUUGCGCUGUUUAUUGCCAGACAAGAUCCAGAUUUUAUGU